AUUCGGGUUCCUCUUGUUGUAGUAGCUGUAACUACCCGCAACUGCUUCUCUUUCAACGGUGAUUCCCAUUUUCCUGAAUUUUCUGUAUCAAAUUUUGAUAACGUGUUUGGAUUUUGGUCCCCAUCUGGGUCUUUGGAAAGGUUCCUGAAAUUUUGUUUGGUUUGGGAUUUUCAGCGAACAUAUGGCACGCAAGAAGAUCAGGGAGUAUGAUUCAAAGAGAUUGUUGAAGGAGCACUUCAAGAGGAUUUCUGGAAAGGAACUUCCCAUCAAAUCAGCUCAGGUUACGGAGUCAACUGAUUUCAAUGAGCUGGUAGAGAAGGAGCCAUGGCUUUCCUCACAGAAACUGGUUGUAAAACCUGACAUGUUGUUUGGGAAGCGUGGGAAGAGUGGUUUGGUGGGCUUGAAUCUCGAUUUUGCUCAGGUUGUUGCUUUUGUGAAACAACGCCUGGGGAGAGAGGUAGAAAUGGGCGGCUGUAAAGGACCCGUCACAACAUUCAUUGUUGAACCCUUCAUCCCUCACAAUGUGGAGUUCUACCUUAACAUUGUAUCUGAGCGGCUUGGAUGCUGCAUUAGCUUUUCGGAGUGUGGAGGAAUUGAAAUUGAAGAGAACUGGGAUAAGGUCAAGACCAUAUUUGUUCCAACAGGGACAUCUUUCACGUCAGAAGUAUGUGCUCCACUUCUGGCAACCCUUCCCUUGGAGAUCAAAAAAGAAAUUGAAGAGUACAUCAAGGUGAUUUUUGCACUAUUUCAAGAUCUCGACUUCACUUUCCUAGAGAUGAAUCCUUUUACAUUGAUUAAUGGAAAGCCUUAUCCAUUGGAUAUGAGAGGCGAGCUGGAUGACACUGCUGCUUUCAAAAACUUCAAAAAGUGGGGCAAUAUUGAAUUUCCGAUGCCAUUUGGCAGAUUAAUGAACACAACAGAGAGCUUUAUUCAUGGUUUAGAUGAGAAGACGACUGCAUCUUUGAAAUUUACAGUGCUGAACCCUAAGGGACGCAUCUGGACUAUGGUAGCAGGAGGAGGUGCAAGUGUCAUUUAUGCAGAUACAGUAGGAGAUCUUGGCUAUGCUUCCGAGCUUGGGAACUAUGCAGAAUAUAGUGGAGCACCUAAAGAAGAGGAGGUGUUGCAGUAUGCUAGAGUUGUAAUUGAUUGUGCAACUAAAGAUCCUGAUGGUCGCAAGAGAGCCCUUGUUGUUGGUGGAGGAAUAGCUAACUUUACCGAUGUUGCUGCUACAUUCAAUGGCAUAAUUCAAGCCUUGAAGGAGAAAGAAUCAAAGCUUAAGGCAGCAAGGAUGAACAUAUAUGUGAGGAGAGGAGGUCCUAAUUACGAGAGGGGCCUGGCCAAAAUGCGAUCUCUUGGAGAGGAGAUUGGUAUCCCUAUUGAGGUUUAUGGUCCAGAAGCAACAAUGACUGGCAUAUGCAAGCAGGCUAUUGAGUGCAUUACUGCAGCUGCAUAAGUUGCUUGAUAUCAAUCUUUGAUUGUCUUUCAUGUUUCCUCCUAUGCUGGAAAUUUUCAGUAGUUUCUAGUUCUGAUUAAACUAUACCAGAAACCUCAGGAAAAUGUUAGUUUGUAUUAAUGAAACCACAUCUGCAAUGGUUACUGAGAACAGUCAUGUAAUCUAGGACAGAUGGUAUUGUCAAACAUAAUAAAGAGCUCAGAAUGUU